CACAAUCUUACCGUCGUGCAGAGAUAAGGUGGUUUGUAACCUUUCUAACGAUCACAUUUUCGCGGAAAAAAUAAAGAAGUGUUGACAGUUGCAAAUAUGCCUAAGUCCAAGGAGUUCAUAUCGUCUGAAGAAGAUUCUGGUUCUGGAUCAGAUGAGCCAAAACCAAAAAAGAAGAAAGUUGAGAAGCCAAAAGAAACGUCAGAUGCAUCCGGUUCUGAAUCAGAUGAGCCAAAGCCCAAAAAGAAGACGAAUGAGAAGCCGAAAGAAAAACCAGAAAAACAGACGUCUAAGGCCAAGCCAAAGGGAGAUAAAGGCCCAAAUGGAGAAUACAUGUUUCAGAUAGCAAAUAUGCGCUUUGCAACAGUGAGUGAGUUCCGAGGGAAAGUUAUGGUUGGCAUUCGAGAAUUCUAUAAUGCUGACGGAGAGAUGAGACCUGGCAAGAAAGGCAUCAGUCUGCCAAUGGACCAAUGGAAGCGCUUAAAAGAUCAGAUUGAAGACAUUGAUGCUGCUGUGAAACAAAUGUCAUAAAUGUUAAAGGCACUUUUUGAUGAUCCUAUAAGAAUAUUCUAGGUGACGAAUCAGAAUAUUCUAGCUGAUAGAUCAUGUUCAUUAUAGUUAUGCCUGUCUAUAACUGUAUGUAAAUGAUGUCUUCAUAAAAUCGUCUUUGUGUGGUAAACAUUGAUCAAACAAACCUUUCAUUGUUAAACAAUUACAAUAUUGCUAAGUUACAGACAUCAUGUUAUGGGGCUUUGCUAAUGUUUUUAAAAGUUAUUUUGUAUGUGCUAUAAUAUUUUCUUUAAUGCUUGAAUAAUAAUAACACACAACUUUUUAAUAAGCAUGUGUUGUGUGUUUUGUCAUAGUAUGUGUUGAAGUAUUGUCUCGUAUGUGCUUCUUCAGUAUUAUCGUUCCAUGAGCUGCGUAAUGCGAAAAUGGGUCUUAUGCCAUUUGCAACUAAGUUCUUUUAGUAAUGUAGUUAGAUAUGUCUGUUUUACGGUACUCAUCCUUUAACAUGUUGUGAGGACUAACAAUAAGUUCCCAGAAUGUCUGUUAGAUAUUUGUGUAUUGUUCAAUCAUGUUACACAAAAAUUGUAUUUGUAUCAGCUUAUUAACAUAUACAUAACACACGUUGAACCUGGUUGAUGGAUUACCUGCGCUUUUUUCAAGGUGUAUUACUAAUACUGAAAUACUGUGGUCCUUUUGCAUCAGUCCUCGGUUGCAAAUUUAUGGCACAUUUUGCAAGUUGUUUCCACGCGGAUAUUAUUUUACAUAAUUUUGUUAAGAAAAGAAAGUAAGUGCAUGCCGGUUUGUCGUUGUAUUAAAAUGUCAGAAUUUCAAUUAAGUUCCGCAAAUAAAGAAGUCGAACUACC